AUGGUUGUGAAAUAUGAUGGCAGGAUUAUGUUUGUGAACUAUGAUGGCACGAUUAUGGUUGUGAACUAUGAUGGUAGGGUUAUAAUUGUGAAGUAUGAUGGUAUAAUUAUGGUUGUGAACAUUAUUUUUAAUGUUGGGAUGAUGGUUGUGAACUAUGAUGGUCACAGUGGGGUGAACCAGCUGGGGGGUGUGUUCGUCGGCGGUCGACCACUUCCCGAUUCGACGAGACAAAAGAUCGUCGAACUAGCGCAUUCCGGCGCACGACCUUGCGAUAUUUCCAGGAUACUGCAGGUCAGCAAUGGCUGCGUUUCGAAGAUUCUUGGAAGGUACUACGAAACCGGAUCAAUCAGGCCCAGGGCUAUCGGUGGUAGUAAACCACGCGUGGCUACGGCGGAAGUCGUGAGCAAAAUUUCCCUCUAUAAAAGCGAGUGUCCAUCCAUCUUCGCGUGGGAGAUCAGAGACCGUCUGCUGCAAGAGGGUGUCUGCACGAACGACAACAUUCCCAGCGUGAGUACAAAUUAUUCCGUUAGUAAUCGGUUUUUAGUUUUUAAUCAGUUAUUUUUUGUAGGAUGA